AAUUAAUAUUAUCUAUAUUGCUACCAAUAAUCAUUCCUAGUUUGCUUGUUCCAAUUGCUUAAAAAGGUAUUCAUUUUAUAGAUCAGUUCACUUACGAAUUAGCAUUUUAUUGUUCUUUAGGGAAUCUAAUAUGUUUUUGUCAUUACGGGAAUAAUGCUUACAGAGAAUCAAAGAGUUUUCAUUUCAUUUUCUUUCUUCGGAUUGUUAAAUAACAUUCUUUAUGUUGUGAUCUUGUCUGCAGCAGUGGAUCUUGUGGGAGCUUCGACUCCUAAGGCUGUAGUGUUGUUGGCAGAUGUUAUUCCUUCAUUUCUGUUCAAACUUGUAGCCCCAUUUUUCAUUCAUAAAUUUCCUUAUAUAGUAAGGUUAUGGUCAAUCUUAGUUUUAUCAACAUCAGGCAUGUUUUUAAUUAGUUUGACUCCAACCGAAUCAAUUGCAACUAAGAUUUUUGGGAUUGCUGUAGCUGCCUUUUCAUCGGGUAUUGGAGAGGUGACCUUUUUACAAUUAACACAUUAUUAUCAUGAAGAGUCAGCUAUUGGAGGAUUUUCAACGGGCACUGGAGCUGCAGGAUUAUUGGGCAGUUUUCUAUUCUUAUUCAUGACUAAUAUAUUAGGCAUGAAAGUCUGGAUUGCUUUAUUACUGUUUUCAAUUGUACCUUCAGGGUUCUUGUUAAUAUUUUAUUUCAUUUUACCACCUAUUAAAUAUGUUGUUGAUCAAUAUGAACCGAUACAAACAGACGAAGAAGAGCAUAUUGAUAUACUGAAUUCAAAUAGUCUUCAACAUACUGAAAAAGAUAUUUGGUAUUAUAGAAUCAUUAGACACAUCUACCAUACAUUUAAGGAUAUCAAACCGUUGAUAUUUCCCUAUAUGUUACCUUUACUUUCUGUUUAUAUUUCAGAAUAUGCCAUUAAUCAAGGGGUGGCUCCAACGCUUCUAUUUCCUCUUGAAGAUUUACCACAUUGGUUAUUUGCAAGUUAUCGAGACAUAUAUGUUGUAUAUGGAUUUUUAUAUCAAUUGGGAGUAUUUAUAUCUAGAACAUCCAUUAAUUUUGGUAUUAGAUUCCGAAAAUUGUAUUGGAUGGCAUUUUUACAAUUUAUUAAUGUGAUUAUUACUGUAUAUCAAUCGAUCUAUAUGGAUUUCCCAUUCCCAUCUAUUUGGUUUAUUUUAAUACUUACAUUCUACGAAGGUUUACUUGGAGGAUUACUGUAUGCAAAUACAUUUAUGUCAGUUAGUGAGAAUGUCCCUAAAUCCAAACGAGAAUUCAGUAUGGGUUGUGUAAGCAUUAGUGAUGGAGCUGGGGUAGUUUUCGCUGGCUUAAUUAAUCUCUGGUUAGAAACGACCCUAUGUAGCAUACAAGUAUCAAAAGGUCGUGAUUGGUGUUUAACAGGAGGAGAGUAGUAACCCUUAUAGUAGAAUAGAUUAUAAUAGAAU